GUCCCUGGCGCUUCCCUGCGCCGCCGCGCUGUGGCUGCUGGCCGCCCAGGGCCCCUCGUGGAUGUGCGGCUGGGCCUCGCCGCGCUCCCGGGGCCUCCGCGUCCGGUCCCCUGCCGCGCUCGGGGCGAAGAAGAGGGACUCGGGCGAGUUCGACUUUGGCGA